AUGGCUGCAGGCUCGACGCAAACCUCGUCAUUGCCCUGGGACGAAACUCAGAUUCCUGAAGUGGGGGGAACCAAUGAUAAGGAUCUUAAUGCAUUCCUUUCCUGCUCAGACGAAGAACACUGGCGGCCUGAGGAAUCUGGCGGUCAAACGUGGGACAAUGCUCCAAAUCGAACCUGCUACUCCUCCUUUGGCGAAGAUGGGAUCACUGCUACCGUUAGCGCCUACGGAAACCUGAUGCAAUUUGGGAGAUACAUUGGCAAAGGGAGGUCUGGCGUUUUUACCGCCGACCAAGGAUGUGUACCGGAGCCUUAUCUGGUGAAAGAAAGAACAGCCGAGCUUCUAGCCAUAUCAGACAAGGAAUCAUACGAUCAACCAGAUAUGUAUGGCUUUCGAUUCACGAAUUUGUCAUCUCAGAGCCGGCCCAAAUUGUCGUAUGUCAAUUAUCGCUGGCCAAGGUUCUGUAGCAAUUACAAAGACAUCAAAGGCAACAAAGUUGACUACACUACCCUGUGGCUUGUUCAUCACGAGACUGUUGUACAGCAUUGCAUACUGCAAAAUCAGGGGCAAGUAUCCGUGCCUGUCAGUUGCGAAUUUUCGAACCAAAGGAAGAGUAUUCUGAUACGUGACAUGGACCAUCUGGACCCUGGAUACAUAUUUAAUGACGUAUACUCAGGAUAUACUCAAACAAACGGCCCAAAAGAUUUGUCGUGGGUUUUGAUGCACCAACUGGAGCCGCCAAAUGAUAACUACUCAGACGAUAUGACCAAAAGUCCUACACCGACACGGGCGGAUUCAGUUGCGAUAAUCAUAUCCAUCUUCGUGGAUGGCCGCCCGCUCCAUUGGGAGAAAUCAAAACCGAACAUGUGGGUAAAAACGCUGGCGCCCAAGAGCAAGGAUGAAAGCACAAUGGAAAUAGCCAUUGCCUACAGAAUGAUUCUUCUUGAGGGAUCCAUGGGUGCUUGGCAGAGCUUUCUCAUCCCCGCUAUAGUCAGCGAUGUCUACAAAUCGUUGAGAAAAGAGCCACAGCCAGGAAAGCUCUCCAUAUGCAAUCCGAAGUCGCCGGACCCAAAUGAAACACAAUACCACGGAGAGCGGCGAAGAUUGCACAGGAAUGGCCUUGAAUAUAUUGCGCGUCGAAAUCUCGAGCACAUUCUUUCUGUUUGCGCCAUUCCCUUGGUUCGGCCACAGGACCAUUGGAGCAGCAAAGGCAUCAAGCUGGACGAUCCUGGGAACAAAUUCUCCCAACUUGGCAGGCCUAUCGCAUUGACUUGCGGCGAUAUUUCUUUCCAUCGUGUCACCUCUUCUGGCAGUUUCUUUGCCUUUCAAUUCCUCGUUGAAGUUGCCAACCUGAUAUCACGUUCAGAAUUCAGCAAAACCGAGUGUGCCAUUUGGUUGUUGGGAAGAAUUUGGUCAACGUGUCGUGGACAUGUCGCCUGGAUACUAUGUCAAGCAGAGAGAAGGCCUUCAGGAUACUUUGCGGCGAACUACUGGGUGCCGGGGAAGAUAAUGCAUCAGGAUCUGAACAGCUCAUGGCAACCACUUGAUUCGUUGACUGAUACAGCAUACCAGCUUAUCAAAAUUCAGGCGUAUAUUACGUCCUUUGGCAAAGACAAGACGGAGGCGGGUGCAAUCUUGAAUGAUCCGCGCUUGUAUCUUGCAGCUUUUAGUUGGCUUAGCGACAUGCAUGUCUUGAACAGACGAGGAAGCUUUGCUUGGCCACAUGCACAAGAAGACGGCACAGGGGUGUUUCGCCUCGACGAUCACGUGUGGAUUUGGAGGGCGAUUAAAGCAAUCGAGGAAUGGGAUUUGAUGACCUCAAGCUUAUGGGUUUCAAAGAACCUUUUGGAGUUGCCUCCACACCUGUUGGGUAGGAAAUUUGCCUCGCGGGAUGUUCAGCGGGAGGUUUUCCGACGCUUUACAACAGAAAAUGAUUUUUCCAGGAGACGGACAUUAGCUGUGUUUAGGUCGUCCAGAGAAACACGAUUUCUGUUUCAUUCUCGAGAUACAGUAUUGUUUUAUGGUCUUAACUGGGGCUUCUUCCCGGAAGAUCCUUCUUCGCAAGAGGUCUGGGAGAACACACUGGAGGCACAGGCACUACACGACGAAAACCAGGAGACUCGAUGGGACAACGCACUUCGAUAUGCUCUCGGAGUCAUCAUGGGCACUUUGGGGCACAGCAUCAAUAAGCGUUCGCCGGCAAACCUGGUUGAAGCUUCCUUGGAUGUGCUAUUCAAAAGCUCCAGCCAGAAUGGCCUCUUUUUUGGACAGUUGGAUGAGACAACGAAAGAACCCAUAUUGUUUCAUAUGGAUGCACAUCGUGAUUUCUAUUAUCAUGCCAGUUUUGAGAUUCCAUACAUCCUCUUGGUCAACUCUUCGGGUAUUACCAAUCCCCGUUCUCUACCGGAAAAGGCAAAACUGAGCCUGGAGCCAGACAGCAACGAUUCACUACAGAUAUUGCCCAUACCGAAACGACAGUUAACCGGGAUUGAGCGUGGGAAUACAACAAGGCCACUGGCGGCCCAGCGAGAACAGUACAGGAAAGCUACUUCUAUGAAGAAGAUAGUGCCAUUUAACUACAUGAUCGAUUCGUUCAACAUCGUUGAAAUCGAUGAAGAAUGGCUGUACAACUAUCCAUCAUUUUUACCAAGCCACAACAGUAUGGUAUCAAGCGUCGAAGGCAAUGCAUUGGAGAAGACUCUACGGCAAGUGCUUGGUGAUCUACUAGAGAAUCCCAUCUUUAUCAGUCCCUUUACCGAAGCUCUACUUGGAAGACAGAACGCCAAAGAAACCAUCAUGCCCAUGUUGGACAACUACGGUCAGGUAAGGUGGCAGCUGUGCAACAGUAUCAUUCGUGAGCCUCUACUACUGGCAGAAAUGAUCACCGAGAACAAGAACCUGAGGAAGGCUUUCAAUCGGCGUAUGGAUACGGAUACUGUCGAGGGUGUAAAUCAGAUUCUGGACCCAGCAGGUGGAAUUAACGGGCAGGAGGAUUGGACAGCCCGAAUUGAGCUCUCAACCUUUCUUUUACAAAGAGAUAUCUACGGGAGGGUGACGGAAUUUUUUCAAGAAUUCCUAGGUAGGAGAAACAGAAUUCUUCUUGAAGAUUCAGUCGAAUUGGAGUCAAUACGCCUUGAGCUAGACUGGAUUUUGCGGAACCACAUGAGUCCUAGAGUCCAGCUUCUGAUGGAGGACCAGAUAUUGUAUAGCGGCUGGAUGGACUUGUGCAAACUUGGCGGCGCCUUUUCCGGACAUGUAAUAGCAGAAUCAAUCAGAGAAUGGCUGGGGGCAGCGAUAUACCGAUACAAUGAAUUGGAGAGUGGGCAGCAUACUGAGAACCUGCGGCCUAUUUUCGACCAAACUCGACGCGUGGCCUCGGUUUCUGACACACGGCAAAAGGUUUCCCAAGGGAAAAAGAAACCGCGCUACGGCGGCGACGAUCCUAACCCGAUCAAAGACGAUGGCUAUUGGGAAAUGUCUCGGAUGAGUAAUGACAGCCUCUUUCAGCGGCUUUCGCGGUUUCGCACCCCAGCUGAAGCCAAAAAGCGCUUCAUAUGGCUUCCAAAACCGAAUGCUGAGACCGCACUCGUGUGUUAUCUGGGCACCCCCGGAGACGAAAGGACGGCAAUAUCCUCGUUUUUUGAUCGGCACGCACAUCAUGACCUGUACUUUUUCGAUGACACAACUAGGUUCUUGAACACCUGGGAGACCGAGAUCCAUUUGACGUUUUAUCAGCUGGUCGAUAGCAGGAACGAGUCUGAGCUCCGUUCGCCUAGUAUACUCAGGCGUGGUAAAGAUGACCUCCCGGGCAGCAAAGCAAGCAGAAUCACCAGGGCUUCGAUGGGAUUCCGCUUUCACGGAGACCUGUUUGAUCGCUAUUGGACAUGCCACUUCAUUGAAUGCACUCUCACCUCCUCCGAAAGUGAACGAUCAGAACUCUCUUCCCAUUACUCGUUCAAAGAAAGGACCUGGCGUCAACGUAAGGUCCUUGAACUGUAUCUGUUCGAUCGAAUUUUGACGAAGUUGGUAUCGAGUACGACGGACAUCAUUGAAAAGCUCAAGAAUGAGCUCGGUGUACGCGAGGGUGCCUUUUCCUUCGUGGACCUCAAGAGCGAUGACUACUUCUCCUCCAGUGACCGUUGGCAGGAAGCACAGCAGACUCUACAGGCGAUUGAGAAUCACCUGGAACAAGUGGAGGCACUUGUUUCGAGAUGGGAGUCCCGAGAAGAUGAUCGUGGAUCUGAAAAGCCGCGUUGGACGCGAAACGACGAACGCAAGUAUCGUGGUGACAUCAAGAAACUUCUGGGUUCCAAUAACAACAAGAUCAAAAACCUGCGAAGCCUUCGCAUUGAAACAGGGUCACUCAGAGAGCUUCUCGGAGCACGCCAAGAACAGAUCAGCAGUGAUCUAUCGCUUCGUGGAGCGGAGGAUAUUCGUUUCUUCACCUAUGUUACGGUCGUUUUCUUGCCCCUCGGCUUUGCAGCUAGUAUAUUCAGUAUGAGUGGAACCCCAGAGGGAAGCCUGAUUGGCAAUAUGGCAGCUUGCGCUCUCGUGGCCCUUGUACUCACGGUAUUCGCGCUUGUCAAUGCAGAAACAUUGGGGGCAAAGUUCGCGAAACUGUCCAGCCGGAUAGAGCAGUUCUCAGAACGACACAUGGAAAAGAGUUCACUUUUUGGCCUUCAUAAGAAGGGACCCAAGGACGAUGACCAGAAACCCAUCGAUAAGUAUCAUAAGGGAAAUGAUCAAAAGGCUGAGAAAGGGGAGGCAGGUAUCGAUUCUUCCCAGAAAAAUCAAAAGAAGACAGAGCCUUCGACACCUGGUCUAUUCAGUUCCCCAGAAGGACCAUCUAAGGUGGCUGGAAAGCGCAGUGGCAAGAACGAAGACCUCCCACCGUCCCAUCGACGAGUAGGCCCUAGCAGAAAGAAGUCUUGGCACGCUUGGUUCUGGUUACGGUACUUCCUCAUUGAAUUCCCUGCCAGGAGGGUGGCAUCGGCAUAUCGAGACAUGAGGAGCAGGCGCUUUACCUGGAUGACAGGUUUGAACGGCAUUGGCGGAAUCAUACUUCUACCAUGGUGCAUCAUUGUGUUCCUGGCUCAAAUUGUUGGAGCCAACUUGGUAGAUCUGAGCCGUACUUUAUGGCUGUCAGCAAGAUUUCUGUAUCAAAAGUAUUCACAAAAGGAAGACCCAUUCGAAGGGCAGAUGAGGCUAUUACUGAAACCGGACCAUCAUGUGCGACCUCUGAAGUCUGUUAACAAGGAGAUCGAGAAGAAAAUCGACGAUCUACGAAGGUAG